CUGCCACACGCCACACACGCGCGCGCACCAUCAACAGCAGUCGACAACACGCAACACAUAUAUAGAGACUUGCUUUCUUCCAGCACGACCCGCAUUCAUCCUCCUGUGUACACCCCAUACACGAGCAACACCGGCUCGCCCUGUCCGGUAACCUGGUCCAAAGCCAUCAUUCCUCCCUCCCUUCCCCCUCAGAGUGCCGUGUCACAACGACCAUGGCUGACAACGAAGAACAGCCGCAGCCACAGACCUCCGCCUCUCCGCCUCCGCCCGCUGAGGGCGCAACCGAGCCAGAGCCGCAGCUAGAGGUGGAGGACGACGGGGCGCAAGGACACGGUGGCGAGGGCGAAAGCACCAAGCAGCCCUCUUUCUCCUCUUCUCAGGUAGAUGCAGAAGUUGACGCAAAUAGCCAAGCGAUCGAGGCGGCUGCAGGUGCCUCACCCACCGCAGAGCAGGUAGCGCACGCCGCGGCAGAGGCGCCCAGCUCGCCGCCUGUCAGCGCUGCUCCUGUUGCGGAUUUGACUCCGAGUAGAUCUGCUGCUGUUGCCACCGCUUCAAAGAUCGCUGCUCCUGCCACCGCCAAGCCCAAGACAACUGCACCGACAGGCCGCAGCAGCACGGCCGCUCCUUCCUCCUCUCCAGUCGUCAGACCCCUCACAGGCACAGCCGCAGGCUCUGCUGCGCGCCCAAGCGUCGCAGGGACUAGGACCACCACUGUGGGUGCCACUAGCACUGGCGCCGCCUCCGCUGCCCGCAAGCUCAGCACGGCCACCUCCACCAGCGCAGCGGCAGCGGCAGCAGCAGCCCGGAAGCCAGCUGCGUCCUCCCGUCCCUCGGUUGCCACCACGGGUGCUUCCCCUGCUACCACUGCCGCUGUCCGCAAGACGACUUCUGCUGCCCCUCCGCGGUCUAGCGUCGCGAGCAGCUCGAUAGGCGCAUCUGCCGCCGCUCGCAAACCCGCCACGGCGGCCACUACUACUGCUGCGCGUACCGCGACAGCUGCGAGCGCGAGGCCCAGCAGCACGACUGGUGCUGGAGCAGCAGCAGCAGCAACCAAGCGUCCGUUGGGGAGUGCCAGCGCCAGUGCCAACUCCGCCGCUGCCGCCAAGCCUGCCCCUUCUGCCGGCGGCAGCAGCACUGCGGCCAAGCGUCCCGGCGCAUCGACGACAGCCACCAUCGCAACCCGGCCAACGACAGGUACACGCUCAUUAACGGCUACAGCGGCAGCGGCCACAGGAAGGACUGUGGCCGCCACGAUUCCGCGCAGCAGCAGUGCGCUGUCGACCAACAGCCGCAGCAGCGCCAGCGCCAGACUAGCUGCUGAGACAGCCGUGGCAAGAGACCUGCAGAGUGAGCUGGACGCCGCACAUGCGCAGGUUGAGGCACUCAAGGGUGAGGUUGCCGAUCUGCGGGGU